AUGAUUCUGCAGCCUCAGGUGGUGGCCUUAGGUCUCCUUCUUCUCCAGACGGGUGCUGUAUUUCCUAACCAAGUGGAUACCAUGGAGGGUGAGACUGUUACUCUACCCUGCAGUUACUCAGUGAGAAACAAGACAGUCCUACCCAUGUGUUGGGACCGAGGACCCUGUUCCUCUUCUAGAUGCUCCGGCACACUCAUCAAGACGGAUGGACACCGAGUGACCUAUCGGAAAGACAGCCACUCUUGGCUCCAUGGGAAGAUUAGUCAAGGAGAUGUGUCCCUCACCAUUCAGAAUGUGACCGUUGGUGACCUUGGCCUGUACUGUUGCCACACUGAGUUUCUGAGAUGGUUCAGUCGUACCAAAAAAACGGCGCACCUCAGUGUUAUGCCAGCUGGCACCGCAAGUGUUCCCACAUCAGCCAGGGUCUCCACCUCUCCUCCAACUCCAGAGCAGACUCAGAGCAAGGAAACAGAAAGUACUCCACUUGUUCCAACCCAAGCGGUAGGAAGGCAGCAUACAACCCUGCAAGAAACAAAGCCUCAGCCCGUCACCUCCACCAUGGAUUCACAGCCAUCAGCAGAUGGGAGUGGCACAGUGACACAGUCUGCAGGUGGACUGAAUAAUCGAAAUGUGUUUUUCCCUGAAGAAGCCUAUAUGGGAGUCCUUGCUAUUACCUUGGCUUCAUUUGUUAUUGUGGUUGUCAUCAUUAUCACAAACUAUUUCAACAGCAGAGUGAAGAUGAAGACACUAAGCAAGGUUUGGGAGACUCAUCCUCAAUAUCAAGUUUUACAAGAGCAAGAUCUGGCAGGAAACAAAGCCUGUGUCAUCAAGAGUAAAAUUUGA